GCCCCACCCCCCCAGUACUAAUCCCGCUCCUAGUCUCAGUUUGGGAAGUCUGUGUAGGAGCUUGAUUCCUUCAAGUUUGGGCCCUCCUUCGGUCUGGCUUCCCCGGUCCCCUUUGCUGCUUGCCCUCAGCCCCUUCCAGCCAGGGCCGGCCUCGAUCCUGCCCCAUCCCCAUCAAAACAGGGCCGGCCUCACGUCCCGCCCCCAUGCAGAGCUAGCCCUCCCCCCAGGAUAGACGGCGGACCCUUCCCCCUUCCCCUAUCCCCACCUCUAUCCCACGUCUCCGCUUGGCAAGCUGCAGUCAGUUUUCGGAGUUUGUUGAGGCCGUGUUGGGUGUGACCGGACGGGAUGAUCCUUGCGUUUCGGUGGCUGGUUGUCCCCGCUCUGCUGCUGGUUCGGGCGCGGGGGAGCCCACCACCUUCAGUGCCGCUGGAUGAUGUGGCGGUAGAGACCAAGUUCCAACCGAAGGAGUGCGUCCGGGCGGCUGAGCCGGGAGAUUUCGUCCGAUAUCAUUACUUGGGGACUUUUCCCGGGGGAGGCCAGUUCGACUCGAGUUAUGAUCAUGGCUCCACUUACGAUGUGUUUGUGGGUAAAGGACGACUGAUUGCUGGCAUGGAUAAAGCUCUGAUUGGGAUGUGUGUGAAUGAAAGACGCUUCAUAAAAGUGCCACCUCACUUGGCCUAUGGUGAUGAAGGGAUGUCUGAUAAAAUCCCACCUGGUGCCACCUUAUUCUUUGAUGUGUUGAUGCUCGAUAUCUGGAACCCUGAAGAUAAAGUGAAAAUUGAAGUUCACUAUAAACCAGAGAAUUGCAGUCGUAUAGUACAAGUGUCUGAUUUUGUCCGUUAUCAUUAUGAUGGCACUCUUCUGGAUGGUACGCUUUUUGACUCCAGCCACACUCGGCAGCAAACCUAUGACACCUAUGUUGGAAUUGGAUGGUUGAUUCCAGGCCUGGAUGAGGGGCUGCUGGGUAUGUGCAUGGGGGAGAAGAGGACGAUCACUAUUCCACCUUUCCUGGGAUAUGGAAUCAGAGGGGAUGGAAAGGAUAUUCCCUCACAAGCUACCCUAGUCUUUCAGGUGACUUUAGUUGAUUUUCACAACCCUAAAGACAGUGUUGCCAUUGAACAGGAGUUUGUUCCAGAUCCUUGUCUCAGGAAAACAAAAAAAGGAGAUUUUGUGCGGUAUCAUUACAAUGGCACACUUAUGGAUGGCACUUUGUUUGAUUCAAGCUAUUCCCGUAAUCACACUUACAAUACAUACAUAGGGAAGGACUACGUUAUUGCAGGCAUGGAAGAAGGAUUACUGGACGUGUGUGUUGGAGAGAAAAGAGCAAUUAUAAUUCCACCUCACUUGGGAUAUGGUGAAGAAGGAAUAAGUGGAUCUAUCCCUGGCUCUGCUGUUCUCGUUUUUCAUAUCUAUAUGAUUGAUGUCCACAACCCAGCUGAUACAAUUGAGAUCCAGACCUACCACAAACCCAACAACUGCACCGUCCUGAGCAAGAAAGGAGACUACAUCAAAUAUCACUACAAUGCAACACUGAUGGAUGGAACAAAAUUAGAUUCUACACACAACUAUGGAAAAACGUACAAUGUUGUCCUGGGUUCUGGUCAAGUGGUCAUAGGGAUGGACAUGGGCCUAACCAAUAUGUGUGUUGAAGAGAAACGAACUAUCAUUAUCCCACCUCAUCUGGGUUAUGGAGAGAGCGGAAUUGUUGGAGAAGUACCAGGCAGCGCUGUGCUCAUUUUUGACGUUGAGCUGGUAGAACUUGUCACAGGUCUUCCAGAGGGUUAUAUGUUCGUUUGGACUUCAUCAGACCUAUCUCCUGAUCUCUUCCAAGAAAUCGACAAGGACAAAAACAAGGAAAUCAGUCUAGAAGAGUUCUCUGAAUAUAUCCUCCUGCAAGUGGAGAGUGGUAAGGGAAAACUGGCUCCUGGAUUUCCUCCAGACAGAGUCAUAGGGAACAUGUUUAUCAGUCAGGAUCAGAAUGGAGAUGGCAAGAUAAGUGCUGAUGAGUUCAAAUUGAAGGAAGAGGAGGACGCUCAUCAUGACGAACUGUAAGGCCAUGUGUUCACAUCUAUGCUGCUGUUGAGUGGAAGUGUAAAGAGUUGACCUGUGGUUUGUUGGUUGUGAGGUAGGUUUUAUCCAUGAUUCUGUUUAGGUAUAAAACUUAUUGGUGACAUCCUGAUUCGAAAUUGUUUUAUUUUUUGGGAGGGUGGGUCACUUGCUCCUGAGCAUAGUUGGUCCACAAAAGGUGUUUCACUUUUUAACAGUGUUCUUUAAAUUUUAAUCUACAUUAGUAAGGAGAAAAUUCUUUUCCAAUACCCAGCCCCACUCUGUACACUCCAGAUUUGUUUUACCUCAACUGUUUUAUUGUUUCACAUGCAGUUCAAUAACAGUCAACAAUCACAACUCUGUGCCAAAUGAUUUAAAUUUUCCACAAAUAUGUUAAAGCAUAUCAUGCAACUUGUUAUAAUUUUUUUUGUCCAUCAAUUAUGUAUUCAAUGAGAGAGAGUCAGAUAUGUUUUAAUUUAUAUUGUGGGUGACCAGGAAUGGUAUGCAAUGCUACUAUAGAAAACAGAACUUCAGUGCCUUUUGCCGAAAACAUGACUUAAGAUAUAUAAUUUUGCACACACUCUCCAUCCAUAAAAUGAAUAUAGGAAGGAAAGUCAUGGAAACAGUUGCUAUGGGUCUUAAUCUGAAUGAGGCAUUUUCUCGAAGUAGAGUAUGCACUUGUAUUCAUCUUUCUAAACUUGAUAGAUGUGUAAUGGAUGUAGCCUUUAAAUGAUGGUCUGCACCUCCUACACCAAGAGUUCCCAAAACUAGGUCACAACAUGCAAUAAUUACCUCCCUCUCAUUACUACCAGAAACAUGAAAUAGGGAUUCAGAUGAUACAGUCCAUUUGUCAGCGUGAGCCCCAAUUGACAUACAUGUGCAUUAUGUUCUUCUAGCCUUAGUUUAUAGUGUAAUGAACUUGGUUUGAUCACUGUCUCCGGUACGGUCUACAGAACAGUGGGUGAAUUGGUGCCAGUUCUCCAGCUUCCUUCCACCCUGCUCUCAUCUUAAGAUCACAUCAUUUUCAAGUUAAAUAAUUCUGGGAAGGAGUAAUUUAACAGUAAACUCAGUGCCCAUUGUAAUGUGGAAUUGUCACUUCAAGACCCACUAGACCAAUGACCGCAUUGGAGGAGAAUGCUGCUUAGAUUGCAGUCGUGAUGAUAUGUAAUACCCAAGGUCCAAAGGCAUGCAUCAUUUAACAUUUCUUUCCCGUAUGUCCAGGUUUUGGGCUGUGUUCCCAUCCUUUAACCUGACUGCAGUACUCUCACAAAGAUUCAAGAGUAUUUGCUUUAAACAAAACAAACACUAAUCAUUACCCUAAUGUAUAUUUUAUAAGCAGACUUAUGCCAAACAAAAGAUUAUGGGCAACAUGCUGCUAGUAAAACCCGAAAGAACUGCGGAUCCUGUAAAUUAGGAACAAAAACAGAAGUUGCUGGAAAAGCUCAGCAGGUAUGGCAGCAUCUCAUCAGUUCUGAGGAAGGGUCACCGGCCCCGAAACAUAAACUCUAAUUGUUUUCCUUCACUGAUGCUGCCAGACCUGCUGAGCUUCUCCAGCAACUUCUGUUUAUUCUUUUGAGCAUGCUGCUAGUGUUGUGGCUGAUAGAAUGGAACAUAUUUACAAAUUGAAUUUUGUUGCUUCACUGCUACAGUUAAAGAACAAGGGAGUUGGACUAAAGGAAUAGUACUUUCAAUGAGUGAUUUACAGGUGUGAUGGCUGAAUCCACCCCAGUGUUUUAGAUUCCAUUUUUCAUUAAACACUUCCAGUUGUGCACAUUAGUGUUUAUUUUUCUGUUUUUUUGUGACUAGGGUGAAGUAAACUUAAGAGAUGAAAAUAAUACUGAAAUCUAUUCUCAGCUCUUGCUGUAGUGCAGCCACAACAUAUGAGAUCUCUACACAUCUGGUAGUUGCAACUUCCUUUGAGAACUCAAAAGCCGGGUCACAAACCAUGUGUUCUCUCGACUUUCUCCGUGGUUCUCUAGCGGAGUACACAUAGUUCUGUUUAUUUCUCAAUUUUUGUCAAUAAUCUGAUGGCUCCCCUCAAAAGAACUGCUUUUCUUUUACCAUUGAAAGAAUUGGUUAGAUCAUUUGGGGUUUAGAUAGCAUGAACAGUAAAGUUCUGCUUCUUUUGGUGAAGAGGUCUAUUACAGAUUUAAGGUGAAAGAGCUUUCUCAAGCUUUCUCUUGCAAGUUUAGAGGAGACAUGAGGAAAAAUCUUUUUUGCCAGAGGGUGGUGGGUGUGUGAAAUUUAUUGCCCGGUUUGGGGAUAGAGGCAGAAACCCAUACCCAUUUAAAAUCUCUCUCUGCACCUGAAGUGCUGUAACUUGCAAGCCUAUGUGCUAAGUGCUGGUCAGUGGAAUUAGAAUGGCCACAAGUUUAUUUAACUUGCACAGACACAGUGGGCUGAAUUAUAGCACAGAGGUCAUUUUCCUCUAGUUGUAUAGAGCUAUAGUGUGUGUGUUUGUAUAUAUGUAUAGUUCUAGGUGGCUAAUGAAUGGGAAUGAAUCUAAGUGUCGGAGAAAUGUGGCAGUUAUAGCAGCAUCUACAGGUAGAGAAAUAAAGUUAAUGUUUUGAGUCCAAAAUGAUUCUUCAGAACUCUUGGUUCUGAAAAAGUCACAUUUGACUUGAACCAUUUAACUGUUUCUCUCUCCACAGUUGCUGCCAGACCUGAGUUUCUCCACCACUUUAUUAUUUCAGAUCUCCAGCAUCAUCAGAGCUUUGCUUUUAUCUAGUGUAUGGAUUGCCAACAGCUUAAAAACUCCUGUUCUGGCAGUAGUCUGCGGGUCUGCCACCUUGCCCUACCCAUUGGGAAAUGUCACAACAUUUUCCUAUGAUCCAGUGCGUAGUCAUUAAGGAUUUGCCUUUGGCAGUGUAGUCAAAAAUCAACUUGCUAAUUAUACCCAAUCAAAAGCUGAACAUCACUUCCCAGUUGGAAGCUAAGAGUUUGAAGGAGCAUGUAAAGAUGGAGUUUUCUUGAGAAAGCUCUUUCUCUCUUUUUGUAACAGCUUCUGUUAUACAAGUUGUAUCUAUUCUGUAGCGUUUACCAGACUGCAGGGAAAAUAAAUUUGUAGCUUUUUGAUUCCAUGUAGUCCGAGCCAAUAAGAUGUCAUUUUUGUCCCAGAGGCUGCCCUUUCUAAUAUCAAAAGUGUGGCCAUUUGCCAGUCCAGCAAUAUUGGGAUGGCCCUAAACUUUGUGUUAGCAGGACUGCAUGUGAAUAUUCAGCAUCGACCUGAGAUAUUCAGAGUAUUUGGCAACAUCAAUGUACUUUACGGUCUGUGGUGCAUCCUGUACAGUUGUCUACAACAGAUGUCUUCUGCACGAUGUCAUUUGAAUAUUCUUAAUCACCACUUACUGGAUGAGGAGUGUUUGAACACCGAUCUGUUGCAACUAGAGUCCUGUUUUUCUAGGACUGCACACUGCAGCUCCAUUGUAGAUUCUGAGAGCCCCAUUCAAAGCUCCAUAGCACUGUCAUCCUAUAAAUCAAGAUUUCGGGCUGAUGUGCAAACAGGAAGUGACCGUCAUUCUCUUGAACCACCUCCAUUGUACAGUUAGAUUAUGGUUGAUCUGCAUUUCAGAUCUAUUUUGUUUCAUGAUAUUUGAGAUCAUUGUCUAACAAAAAUUAAUCUUAGUUUUUGCCAUUUUACCCGUUAUCUUGCUCUACUUUUAAAAUCACAUUCUGUUGUUUCAUAUUCCUCUAUGAGAAGAAAUAGCAUACGUUGAGAAACUAUCACAUUCCUGUCAUUUUAGUAUCAGUCAUCAGGAUCCAAGAUUAUGCAUUGUCAUUGUACUGGGAUCCUGCAAGAUUUGGUACUGUUGUGGUGAAUUUGCACUCUUUCGUCUCCAAAGUCAUUGUGCUCUUCCCAAAAUUGAACAGAAUUACUCCAAAUGAGGUCUCCCUGAGGCUCUGUACGGCUGAAGUAUCACUCCUCUCUUUUGAAUUCAGAGUUUCCUUUGAAACUUGGUAGCAUUUCAAAAGCUUUAAUUUCUCCCUGACUUCAGAGCAAUCCAAAGAUAACUCUUGAGGGUAAACAAACUUAAUUUUCAGCCUUCAGUGAAAGGAAUUGCUGCUUCUUGUGUUUUGAAGUAGCAAUUUCUAUAGCAUUGAAUGCUUUAGCUGAGAAAGUUUUUAAUGCAAUUUAUGAUUGAGCUGAAGCAUUUGUCAACACUUUUCUGGAGUCUAAAAUUAUGCAGUUUGUGAUAAAUAUUUAACUAUUUGCCUUUGAUAAACUCUAUGAUCAGCCCAAUUCUUUGUUGGUUGGUCAAAUUCAGACAAAUGUUACCAACAAAUGGUGGCAUGUUGUAGUGAAUAAAUGGAAGCAGUGCAGAUGUA